AUGGAACCGUUCCCUUCCACUCUUGACCGGACCGCACAUUCCAAGGAUCGAUCCGGACCAUCAGUACGAAUCAAUGAAGUGCCUACUCUAGACCGAACGCGCAGCGCAGCCACCCCGAAAGCAACCACCCCUCUACGUCGCGCCAACACGGUGGCACAUGGGAGUUUGAUCAAAAAGAACCUGGAACGCAAGGCCACCCGAGAGAGGACCGCAACGACAGGGACUGCGCCAGGGGUGGGAGCAUCAGGGCUGCGGGCCAAAGAUAGCAAUGAGUUAUUACGAAAGUUACCAUUGCAACGCUCCCAGACGCACCGGGGCCCAUUAGAGGCGCGUCCGGCAGGACGCAAAGCAGGUCAUUUUACGGUUGGAAGUGUUGGACAAAAUGGCAAGAUCUUUCUCAGGCCGAUUGCGAAUCCACCGCAGAAAGAUCCUCCUAUAGUGCCCUUCUCAUCUACUGAUCAAUUGACGGCCGAUCGCCUUCAGCCGCAACGAUAUGCCCAGCCCCGAGAUGACCCGUCGCGAUGGUCGAGCUCUCAGCUCUCCGAGUUACGUCCGCGCGAACAGCGAGAAGACUACGAACCCGUGAAUCCUGACACCGCGCGACCAGAAACGGCAAAUCGACCCCGCCAGCGUGCGAACUCGUUUUCAACAAUAUCCGAUACUCACUCAGUGUCUGGCGCAGGCAAACGUGGAGAGUUGCGCAUCGUCAUCGAUCGAUCUGAAGACCGGCCUAAGACCGCGAAUGAAAAGUCGCCUGACACGGCGUUGGACGUCCCUAUCCCUCAUUACCGGCUGGGCUCACGGCUCAAUAACGAAGGUAGUGCGGCCCUGCAUAGUUCCGUCCACGCGCGGACCUCAAUGUCCGAUAAUUUUCGAAACUCGACCUUGCUGGGAGGCAUGAUUGAUCCCAUGCCUGCGCGUCAUCCGAGUCCGUAUAGAGACUCCUACUCGCGUAACCGGGCGUCUUUCGCGGUGUCAAUGUUCUCUGGAGCGGCGGCUAUAGACCUCAGUCGGGCUUCGCCAUUGCCGAGGAAUUCAAUGGUGUACGAGUUGAAGGGGCCGGUUGAACCCUCGAUAUAUGAAUCGUUGGUAUCGGACAUGGAUGGUGAAACGGUUGUGCGGUACAUUCCUGGCACCAAAGAUAUUAGCGCAGCUACGCCCGCCCGCAUUGUGGCCCAGAUCUCUUCUGAGUCGUUCAUGGAUUAUGAGUUGGUAUCGGACUUCUUCCUCACCUUUCGCUGUUAUUUAUCCUCAAACCACCUGCUUGCUCUGUUGCUUGCGCGAUUGCAGUGGGCAAUCAAUCGCCUUCAGGAGGAUGGGCGGAUUAUUCGCAUUCGCACUUUUGCGGCUCUGCGACACUGGAUCUUGAAUUAUUUUGUUGAUGACUUUGUUACGAACUAUGAUCUGCGGACCCACUUUUGCGAAACUAUCAACAACCUUUAUCAAGAGGUCAAAUGUCGACGGAAUGGCGGUAUGAGUGACUUGAAAAUUCUUAUUGAUUUGAAAAGAUGCUGGAAUGGCAAGUGUUCGGUCUAUUGGACCGCGUCGGAUUUUUCUCGCGCCUAUAAUGAUCCUGAUAGCCCAAUUUUGCCUGGAAGCGCGCAAAUGGAGCUACCGAAUGAUGAGCCACUCCAACAGACUGUUCCGCUUCCUAGCAUGGCUGUUCAUGCUGACACCAGUUCUCGAAAAAGCUUCCCCGUCUCUACCCAGCAUGAUCGGAAUGACUCGGCUGGGACAGCACACAGCAUACCCUUUUCGACAAAGAGCGACCAAAGCAUGCUUGCGCUCUCCUGCUCAUUACCUCCAAAGUCACCAAGACGGCUCUCAGCCCCUUAUUCCAGGAGCAAAGCACCACGCCCUGUACCACUCGGCCUCACAAAGUCGUCUUCACCUCACGAAGGACACCCUGUGUCGCCGAUGCUUUCACGAUACCCAUUCCAUGGCCAUAAACGAAGCGGCAGCUUUUCUGAUUCGGUCCGAGAUCCCAUGUCCGGUGUGGAGGUGGGCUCCACAACUACACCACAGGAGACAAUGGACCCGAUCAGCUUAAUUCGAGGUGUCCUGUACCCUCCCGCAGAGUCAUACAUGACGUUGAUGGCCCCAGAUUCCCCUCCUUUGCCUUUACCGUCGUCAUCUAGCAAUCCAGACCGCCGAAGUCAACCAGAUGGUGGACCUAAACCAAACCAAUCAAACUCGGGGGUGAAGACCAUCAUUGGUUCAAUUAGGCGGGCGCUCCAUACUAGAAAUGGUGGUCAGAGUGUUUCUGCUCGUAUUGCUAAUGCUUCGGAAAACUUCUCCAUGCCAUAUCGCGGGAAAACCUCUGCAAUGCCACAGCACAUUGCUCUGGGGUCUGACUUCUACCGUGAAAGGAAGAUGGCGGCUGUUCCUAAGCGCCCCGCCCGAAUCGAUGUGCUCUGCGACCAAGCUUUGAGGCAAUACCGGGAGGCCACGGACCCAUCGGUCAAGCAGGAUAACCAGCUGCAGCUCAAUGCGCCUGAACUGCAGAUCCCCUGGGGAGACACCCCCGCAGAAAUGCCCGAGGACCAUUUGAAAACUCCCAAGGACAAUGCUUCGAAGAUUAAAAGUGGGCUUACUACUGGUAGUGGGUCGAUCGUGAUCGUGGAUGAUACCGGAUUUGAGUUCCCUACUUCAAUGUCUGGGGCUUUGGGAGACGAUAUGACUAACCGCGAUUUGGGUGAUCCAGCGCGCUUGAAUCCGAGUGAUAAGGCUGCGUACUCCAAGUCUUACUUGUCCACAUCAACACAGGGUGCAAGUGAACACACCGUUCCUAUCUGUUUCAAUGGUGAAAUCCCAGAAGUUCCGCAAAAGCCGCAUCCGUAUAGCAUUGCUUCAACUCGCAGAUCUUUUUCCAAUGAGCGCCAGACUACUCUCAACAAGAAAGCCUCGCUUUCCCUCAGACUUCGAAAGUAUGCCUCUUUCCAAAGCGGAAUCUCGAGACAGCGGGCAUCAAUGGGUAGCGACGCAGGAAAGUCUUCUACGGGCUCGAAUCUUACGCAAGAGACAGAUAAGCCAUCCGGACGUGCGCUCCGUAGAAGACCUGGUGGAAAUCUGCGAGAAAUGCAAUAUGUGGAUGAUGUUGAACCUGGCGAAGGUCGGAGAAGUGCUGUGUCUACUCACUCUUGUGAUGACUCUUUAGCAGAGACUACAACGACCACCUCUGAAGUUCCAUCACGGCCUCCGACUACUUUGAUUCCGCCCAACCCUCGAUACUCCUUGAUCCAAGCUCGAUCUAAUCGGAAUAUGAAACGCUCCUUUGAAGCAGCUAUUGCCCGCUUUGCGCAGAUUCCAGACGAUGACGAUGGAGGUGUUGAAUCGACUCUGCUGAAGCUGGAGGGCAAGUGGCCCAGCUCACCACCGGCAGAUCAAGAGAUUGGAUUUGAGCGAGCCCUCGCGCCUCGCGCUGAGUAUGCGGCUGAGAAGAACAAUGUAUCUUGGGAUACAAUCUCUCGAAGACGGCAAACGGAUAAAUCGGGCUACUCGACUGUUGGGGGGCGACUGGCGCCGCCCAGACCGUACUCGGACUCUGUGGCGGAAUCUGAGGAGUCGUACAAUUCGAUUCCUCUUCUUGAGCGAGGGUUGACUGAUGAGUCUAUGAAACGGCCACCAGCGGAUCGAAGCCAGCAUCGCAGCCAAAUCAUUGAUGUGCAAGGGGCUCCUCUCAGUCUAAUCACCAGUCGGGAUACAUCUGAGUUGGCAUCGUCGCACCCGUCGAUCCAGAUCAUCCACGACACGGAUAGCAUUCGCCGCAUUCCUCGAGGCUCAACCCUGCCCCUGCCCAUGUCAGGGCAAGCCACUCCUAAGCGCUUGUCGGCCAUGUCUGUUGAGAUGAUUGACUCGCGCGAGGCAAUGGAAGGCCGCUUGUCUACAGAUACUCGCAGUCUGGCUUCGUCGACUGUGGAGAUCCCGCCUCACCCCCUGGCCCACCCACCUUCUCCUCCAAUGACUAUUCAACACCCCAGCUCUUUCACUCCGUGUGUCUCACCUAUGGAUAAAGUGCUGUUCCAAGCCCAACCACCUACACCCGAUACUUCUCCUCGGCGUCGGGGUACAGAAACGGCCAACUCACAGUCCAGAGAUGUACCUCAAUUUUCGAGUGACGUUCUUUCCAACUCUGAGAAAGACCGUCAAUACGUCAACGAUAAUUUCCCAGACCAUGUCCCCUUUAUUCUCGCCUGUGAGUCGCAGGUGCUUGCACAGCAACUCACACUGGUUGAAAUGGCUGCGCUGAGCGAGGUUGAUUGGCGAGAUCUCGUUGAAAUGAGAUGGAGCGGCGGCUCUCAGUUUAUCUCUAGCUGGGUCCAGUUCCUCACUACCGAAGAACGCAAGGGCAUCGAUCUGGUUGUGGGCCGUUUCAACCUCAUGGUCAAAUGGGUAGUCUCAGAAAUUGUCUUGACUCGCGAAAUCCAAGAGCGAGCCCGCACAAUUAUCAAAUUUAUUCAUACAGCUGCUCAUGCGCGCCGCAUGUGCAACUAUGCGACCAUGUUGCAGAUUGCCAUUGCCCUUUCUUCGUCGGACUGUUCCCGACUACAGAAGACAUGGCAAAUAGUUCCUUUGGAGGACAAGCGACUUUUCAAGGACAUGGAAUGCUUAAUCCAGCCUGUUCGAAACUUCAAUGACCUGCGUGUUGAGAUGGAGACAGCCAGUCUGCAGGAAGGCUGUAUUCCUUUCAUCGGUCUCUAUGUACAUGACCUUACUUAUAAUGCUCAAAAGCCAGCCCAGAUGCCUUGUGGUGAGAGUGGUUUAUUGGUUAACUUUGAACGGUACCGCACCGCUGCUCGGAUUGUCAAGAGUCUGCUUCGGUUGAUCGACGCCAGCACCAAGUACCGCUUCGAGCCGGUCCAGGGUAUCAUCGAGCGGUGCCUCUGGAUUGCAUGCCUCUCCGAAGAUGAGAUUCAAUCCCGCAGCAAGCAGCUCGAAUGA